AAAGAGAGGAAGCCCCACAGCUGGGUAUGUGAGUGAUGUUGGGCUCGGUGCUGGUAGUGGUGGAGGAACACGCGGAGGGAAGAAGACCUGGACCUGGACCCGGACCCGGACCUGGACCUGGACCCGGAAUGAAGCAUUUCUACAGCGCCGCCGAUGGACUUGAAGCUUUGACCGAAGAAACCAGACUUAAUGCCUUACCUUCCAACCAGGCCGAUAUUCAGAGACACAAAACCCCGCCCCUGAACCCUCGUCCCAAGCAGGAACGUAAAUACCGAUCAUACACAGUCUGCGAAGUGUGUAACAUUCAGCUGAACUCGACAGCACAGGCGCAGAUACACUACAACGGCAAAACCCACCAGAAGAGACUGAAACACAUGAAGGGCAGAAGCACAGGUCCGGCGGCUCAGGGCAGCCCCCUGCUGGCUGCGUUACCCGUACAGACUCGGCCAUUGCAUACACCUCUGGAGCUCAAAAACUUUCUGCCCUUCAGACUCAACGGCUCCAACCCGCUUAGCCUAUUUCCCAACUUCAACACGAUGGACCCUGUACAGAAGGCUGUUAUUAACCACACCUUUGGGGUUCCUCAGAAGAAGAAGCAGGUCAUCUCUUGCAACAUCUGCCACCUUCGCUUCAACUCCUCGAAUCAGGCCGAAGCACAUUAUAAAGGUCAUAAGCACGCUCGUAAACUGAAGGCUAUGGAGGCCCAGAAGAACAAGCAGCACAGACGACAGCUCGACGGCACACACAGAGACCGAGAGAGAGACAGAGGGAGGAUGAUUGCACCUGAUCCCCUCCCUGCUCUCCCGGAUUCCUGCGCAGUGGAAGCAUCCACUCUUCAUUGUGACUCAGAGGCUGUGGUGAAGCUGAGCGAGGCUCAGGUCAGCUCCGUGGUCCUCACUCCUGUAUCUGAAGUGUCAUGCACAGAUGUGGCGGUCUCCUCUCCUCCCUCACAGCACUCCGACAGCCUCCAGGAUGCCGCCGGUCCCAGCGAGACAGGCACCGAGCAGGAGAGCCUGGUUAAAGAAGCCCCGAGGGAGAAAGACCCCAGGAGGAGCAAGCAUCACCUGCACUGUCCUGUCUGCAAAGUGACAGUUAACUCAAUCACUCAGCUGGAGGCCCAUAACAGUGGCAUCAAGCACAAACUAAUGCUGGAGGGACAGAGCGUGCUGCCACGACGGCGAGGAAAGGCACUGUCUUCCCGUGCCGCGUGUAAAAGUAAGCGACUGGCCAACAAGGGCAGCCUGGGUGUGAGCAACAAGAGCUAUCAUUGUGAAGUGUGUGAGAUCCACGUCAACUCAGAGACCCAGCUCACCCAGCACAUGAACAGUCGCAGACAUAAAGACAGAUUAGCUGGAAAGCCACCCAAACCCAAAUUCAGCCCUCAUACCAAGACUCAACCAACCUCAGCCGUGACGCAGAGUGUCAGGUGGAAUGGGUAUGCAGGAGGUGCGAUGUCAGCUAUGAAAAAAGUCUUUAACCAUUACAGUCUUACCUCUAUCUCUUCACAGACCAAACUGGCUCUUCAGAAACAGCUGACUAAAAGUCUGACUACCAGUUUCCUGCCCACUGCGAUAACUCCGCAAACGCUUUGCACAGUGGCAACCAAUCCGCUCACUCUCCGACACCCUGCCGGUGCCGCCUUCAUUCCUACUCCAAUCUUAGGCCCCGCUCUCUUUCGGCCUGCGCCGGGACCACUGCGGGCCACACAUACCCCAAUCCUAUUCUCACCCUAUUAAAGUAUGCAUAAACAUAAACACAUUAGUGUGCACACAGGUCUAUGGUACAGGAAUGAUUUAGUGUUACAGCUGACUUUUACACACCGUACACAUGCACACACAAAAUGAUCUUAAAAAAAAUCUCAAAACUAAUACACACACUCAAGUUUUUCUGCACUCUCCUCUAGGACUGUGGCCCUCACAAGAGGAUCACUCGUGAACUAUGCAGCACAGAAAGGUAGAAAGCAAAGUCAGAGGUAGAUGAUUCGUGAGAAACCAUGGGAGCAAGAGGAGACGCACACGCCCCCAGGCUGGGGGAAGGCCUCUCGAGACCUCAGUGACCCACCCACCUCUCUCUAUUUCUACAAAUAGAGGUUGACUGACAGGUCACAUCUCCAGGGAAAUGCGUGGAGCCUCGUAUAGUUGGCUGGGACCUCGUAUAGUUUUAUAAAGCAUUAACCAUAGGAUUUUACUGUGUUAUUUAUUAGAAGUACAGCAGCAUUAGAUAAAUAGAGCACAUUUCUUAGUGAGACAAAUGCAAACAUCCCUUUACUCAAGGCGUUUUUUUUUUUGUUGUUUUUUAAGUCUGUGUUUAUGCCUUUUAGUUUGAAUUUUCAUUCAUUUUUUUCCCCUCAACACGAUCAAACAUGUUAUUGCUCCCCCUGGAAACCAUAAGAGCUGUCGCUUUGCAUCAUGGGUAAUCAUCAUGGACUCAUCAGUGAGUAAAAGAGCAAUGCAUCGAGAUGACAAUUUGCAGGCAAAUCAGCACUAACACACAUAGACACGCACACACUCUCACACACAAUCAGUGUUCCAAUUUUUCCUGCAUAGAUUAGAUGAUUUUGAGUCAGCCGGAUACACACGUGCACACACACACAUGCACACAGGGAUGAUUAUGACAAUAUGAUUAUGCUCUCGAAUUUUGUCCCUGCAUGUUGGUAUAUUUUGCUCUCAGUGUUAUCUCAUUAAGACCUCACAAAGGUCAACCUGCCAAGCAAAAUCCAUCACACAUCACUUGAUUACAAUUUCAAUUCUCGCCAUGUUAUUUGAACGUGCAAGCAUGUGUGUUUGUGUGUGUGUGUGUUUGUGUGUAGGAGUAUGACUCAUAUCAGCCUCAUUCUCUCAUGGACACUGCACCUCAUCUGUCAUACAGCAGCGCUCUCUGCUGUACAAAGACAAAUCCCUGACAUAUAUAAGAAACACUCCAGCAUUUUAGACUGUAUGCUUUAAUACUGCAUUCAGAACUUGUGUUUAUCACUGAUAAUAAUUUUGAUGUGAGAAAAAAAACCUGUUUAUUAUGAAGGCAUGAAUUCAUGAAUAGCAAGUUUAAGCCUCACAAUUGUAUAUGUUCUAGCAUGACAAUGCCCCUGUGCACAAAGCCAACUCCAUGAACAUAUGUUUACAUGAGUUGGAGUAGAAGAUCUUGAUUGGCCCCAGACCUCCUCACCUCACUUAAAUCAGUACCUCACUUUACUAACACUCAUGCAGUGUAAAGCAGUAAAUUAAAAUGUGAAAGUUAAAAAUGCUGGAGUAACUGAUCUGCAGUGAUGUGCUGCUACUUAAUCGGUUAUUCUCAAUACAUGCAUUGAUGUAUUUUUCCUUUUUUUUUCCAUGUUCUGAGAUAUUAAGAUAUUUUACAAAAUCUUUAAGAAGAUUACUUUAAAAAGAAGUUGUCUAUAUUAGGUUGUAUGUAGAUUUAUAAAUAUGUAGAGAGUAUGUAGGAAAUUUAUCAGAGUCAUUAUCGCCAUUAUUGCUAUGAUAAGAACAAUUUCUAUCUGAAGGGACUUCUAUUGUUUGCCAAGUCAUUACAAAAAUUACAAAAAUAAGAACAUAUGCCAAGAAUGAUAUAGUAUACAGUAAUUGCCUACAUUUUAUGGGUCAAUAUAUAUAUAUAAAAAAAUACAAAUAAGUCAAGGGGUGUGUGUGUGUGUGUGUGUGUGUGUGUGUGUGUGUGUGUGUGUGUGUGUGUGUGUGUGUGUGUGAGAGAGAGAUUAUGCAAAAAGAAGAAAAAAAAAUCAGCAUGACUUAAUAUGUCUUUUUGCAUUUGGGACACUUCAGCUUCAAAGCCUACAGCGAAGGGCGAGUCUCAGGGCUCCUGUUUCAGCUCCAUCAGAGGAGAAGUUAAACAGAGUAAAACAUCAGCCAUACUGUAAUCUAACCAAGAGCAGAGCAAGCGUAGAUUGUGGGUCAAAGACAAAAAAAGUUUACUAUGUUAUACACCUUAACAGCAGUGCUCUAUAUAUAUAUAUAUAUAUAUAUAUAUAUAUAUAUAUAUAUAUAUAUAUAUAUAUAUUUGUAUGGAGACACAUGCAUUUUCACACUCCAAACAUCCAGACAGUUCGUUUCUUCAAACAUUCAGCUGAAAGAUGUUCUACACUGGUUGAAUCUUUCUUUCUGCCCUUGUUAUCCAGUUCAUCAGAGCAGUUCAAUAGGCUUUAGGUGUGGUGACUGAGCAGGCCAAUCCAUGUUAGAUGAAACCCCAGCCGAACUGUUUGCUCUCUAAAUAACGCUUACAGAGCUUGGACAUACGCUUUGGGUCAAUGUCUUGUUGUAUGGUGAAGCCAGUUCCAAUGAGCCGCAGUCCUACGGAGUUGCAUGGUUUUGAAUUAUGAAAUGGUAGCCAUGUUGGAUCAGUAUUCUUUUCACCCAGAAUAAGUCUCCAACCUUCCCUGCUCGUAAACAACCCCGAACCAUUAUGCUUUCAGCACCAUGUUUGACUGUGGGGGUGAGGCAGUCUGCUAACUUCUUCUCUCCUGUUGUCCAUUUUACAUAAGUUCAUCUUUUAGAACCAUUUAUAAUUUUGACUCAUCUGUCCACAAUUUUUUCAAAACAUUCACAGUCCAUUUCUUACAACAUGCAUGUGUCUCGCAAACAUUGAAAAAGCAUAGCACAAGGGAAAUGAAAUUCACUUUUUCUGUCUUUGAUUCAUGUACAAACUAUGACUUUUCCUGAAUUUUCAGAAAUCUCUCUCUCUGUCUCUCUGUAUGUGUGUAUAUCAAUAUAUGCACAUGUGUAUGUGUGUGCUUGUAUGUGGAUGAUUUAGGCCAUCAUCACACACACAUGGAGGGCCCUGGAUACCUUCUGCUUGUUCUCUCCUUCAGUAUGUGAAAUAUGUUGAGCAAUAACACUGUUUGGAGCUGCAAUAGCCAUAAUCAGAGUGUGAUACACAUUUCCUUUUAUACAAAAUGGAAACUUAGCCAUGAUUUUUUAACCUUUCUGUGUGACACCGGUCAUAUUGCUGUCUGUCUUCGUGUCUCUCUCCUUCCUCUUGGUUAGUGUUGACUUAAUGCCAGCGAGGGGGGGGGAAUCAUGUGACAUUUUCUUGCUGCAUUUUGGAUGAGAUUGCAUCUGUGUAAUGGUACCUCUCAGUUGGACUGAAGGCAGCCAUGGAAACAUCAGUUGCCAGCGGUGACGAGAGAGAUGAAGGCAUUUUGCCGCACACAUUGGCUGCAGUGCUUUUAAAAGUGAUUACCGCAGUCAUGUUUUGCUUUGGUUGGAUUGCAAUAAAAGGGGAAGGUCUCAUUCCAUUCAUACGAUAAAGGAAUACUCUAGUGUCUUUUCUGUAUCUUUAGUGCCCAUGUGUUUACCACAGACAUGUGUUCAAUAGUUAAAAAAAAACAACCUGUUUAUUUAGACUGAUUUGAAACAAACUAAAAGGGCAGUGAAUGAAUGUUUAAAUUAUUGCUAUACAAUGUGCAGUCAAAAUACGUAGCAAUAAAGCUCUUAGGAUAUGACAUACCAAAAACACUACUUAUGGUAGUUUUGUCAAGCAAGUAAUUAAGUGGUGAAAACAAGGAAAAACAUCACUAUCAGUAAUCUGUGUCUGUAUUCAGAUUUAAACCAGAUGUACACAUGGACUUGUUUUAAAUGUAUUAUGACCCCUACCCCUGUUCCCACAGAAACACUUGAAAACAAUAUGGAAAAGGGGGUAAAAAUUGAAGCACUUUAAAUUCUGGCUUUGACCAUUUCUCAACCUUAGCUAUAUCACUCAAUUUCUAAACUAGAAAUAACGUUUUUUUAUUUCAACUUCUGACUGUUAUGUUUUCUUUAAAUAUAAAUCAUCAAAUUGCCUAUUUUAUAUCCUGACCAGGCAGGUACUAAGGAUGAACGAAUGCCACGAAUGUUUUGCAGAGCCCAGUGGAUUUAUAUUAAUUAACAUAAUGUUUGUCCUACAAGCUUCAUAUCUGACUGCAUUUAAAAAGGAGGGGAAAAAAACAUUACACUUUUUUCUGCUAUAUGGGAAUCCAAAGCAUAUAUGCUGUAAAUAUUUUUGACGAGCCUUCGAAAAGAAAUGUGUAAAAAAUAAUCACCUGUUUGUAUAUGUAUUGGAGGGUAUGAUCUGCAUAUUCUUACAAAUGUGUGUUUUGUAUUCAGGUUUUCAGCUACUCAUCCCUAGUAUCUAUUCAGAUUGUACUGAGAUUAUCACUGCAAAUUCUCUCUGAUUAUCUCUGAAAUUAUAGUUACAAGUACAACAGCUGCCAAUUGACAUAAGACUAUUUAGACUAUUACAAAUCAGUUGGGAAUAAACAGGUUUCUAUUGUUUGGUCUGAACAUUUUUUGUCAUUAUGUCGUACACUUCCUAUGAUACACACAUUAGAAAAUCCCCUGGAGUAUUCCUUUAGGCAGUAUGUUGCUCUAGAUUCUAAGAGACUUUCAUUAAUAGUGUACACUCCUGUACAGUUUUACUACGUUGAUCAUAACUGUUCAAACAUUCAAGUGUGCAGCUACACUCACAAACCACGAAUCAUGAGCACAUGGUCCAAAAGCACAAACUAGCACGUUGUGUCCCAUAUACAUUCCUCAGUGUGAGCGUUUCAUCAGGACAAAGCGAUGAGUGUGUGUUAUGUGUCCGUCUGUCUCUCUGUAUGUAUGCCGACAGUGCUGUUCAUAAACCAGAUUAUUUUCUAAAACAUGAAAAGAUGAGCCGCUCGUCUUUCUCAAAUGGGACAUGGCCAGUAUCUGUGGAUGAAAAUACAGUUGUUUGUUGUGUUUUUUGACCCAGUAACAAAAAAAAGCUAAACAUUUUUGAACAGGUUCUAAUUAUUGUCCUUUUUAUUUGAUUUGAUUUGAUUUUUCUGUACAGAGCAUGAGUGAGAGUGACUGAAAAUGAGAGAGAGUGAGAGAGAAAGAGAAAAUAAAUCAAUUGGAUCUUCCUUACAGCAAUGUGCCUGUUGUUUCUGGGGCUCAUGGGAAUGUUGGUUAUUGGCUGGAGGGAGACAGCUUGUUGUUUUGCCUUGCAUUAAAAUGACAAGUGCCAAAGUUUCCAAAGGUCCUGUUUAACCCUUAAUGUUGUCACAGACCUGGACAGUGUCCGAUAAAUAAAAUCAAACUUCCUUGUCAGAAUAAAUGGAUGAAUGGCAGUCUAGGCCACACUGCAUUGCUGCUAAGGUUGAAUGUUCUAGUAUACAUAUUUUGAAUAUGAAUAAUAAGAUAGAUACAUGACAUUUUCUAAUUCUAUCCAACAGACGAAAUCUAAACAAAUAAAUGCAAACAGGUCAGAGCUCUGUUUGAAUGUUUGCAAAAGAAGAACUAUUAAACAAUUUUAUCAAAUAGCUCAAAUGCACACAUCCAGCAAUUAAAACCAUCCGUGUGGAAACAUAGCAAAAGUUCA